UCGAAGAAAUCAAGAAUGUGGUGGAGUCGACGGCGGUGAUGAUCAAUUCCAAUAAGGAAAGUCUACCCAAUGCCACAAUGCAGCUCAAUCAUCAUCGUGAUGAUGAUGAAAAGCUUGCGCGGAAAUGCCAUAGAAAAUUGCUUAAUGAACCGUUUCGCAUCUGCUCCAAAUGGCAAUGGCAAUGGAAAUGUGGCUACUCUACAACUUCACCCAACCAACCAACAACCAGUCCAAUAGAUCAGUCCAAACCCAGUUUCGAGUGCAGGUUCAAUGCCAUUAGGCAUUUAAUGGCAACUGCUACUGGAAAAAAACAUACAAACAUCUAUCUCUCUGGCGAUUCUUCAUCUCACAUAAAAGUGCUUAAAUAUGCGGCUGCUGUUGCACUUCAAAUUGCAUCGAAGAUUGGGUAUAGGAUGGCGAAUGGGAGUCGUCUCGAUGACUGUCGAUGAGGGGCGAAGUUUAAUGGAUGGAGAAGAAAAAGUUUAAGAUGAGAUUGCAUUCAAAUUGGAUGCAGAUGACCAGGUAAACCCAAUGCAAAGCAAAAAAGGUGGAAAUACAGAGAACAAAAUAAAGAGAAAAAAUGGAACUAUUUGUAAUACGGGUAGU